GUAAACCGCUCUAGUCUCACCGAUGUUUAUGAACUGGUCUUUAAUAAUGCCGGCCGUAUACCCAUUGGUUGUAACCUGCUUGCUGCGAGUUAGAACGGAUCGAUGAACGGACAGAUAGUUAGGCAUCUAUCCAAUUGAGAUUACCUAAAUCUAACGCCCAGGGAUCAGCUAGAUCGGUGAAUAAUAAGUGUUAUCAAGUGGCAGUCGCCUAACAUUCGUAGGAUACCAUGGCGGAAGGCGCAACCGAAGAGUCGAAUACGUCGCAGUUGGCCGAAAAAAAGGCAUCAGUGGAUGAACCGGAACAAACACAGGAAUCCGAUCCUCCGCUUUUCAAAUGCGUGGUUCUUGGGGCUUAUGGCGGUUCAAAGCAAGUGAAGGUGGAAAGGCGUGAAGUGAGGAAAUCAGCGAGGCAAGAGAUUGAAGUAACAGUCGAAGCAUGCGGGGUUAACUUUCUAGAUGUUAUGAUGCGCCAAGGAUUACUGGAUCAAGCGAUCAAACCUCCGUUCAUCAUGGGCUCGGAGUGCGCUGGAAUCGUGACAGCAGUCGGAGAAGGAGUCACAAACUACAAAAUUGGUGACAAAGUUGUGGUCCUCUCGGAUGCAGGAGCUUGGACAGAAAAGCUGAUUGUGCCAUCAGGGUCACCAGAGGAAACACAGACGGAUGAAUCAAAACCAGCCGUUGAACCUUCCCAAACGCUGACUCUCCCCUGGCCAGAUACCUUGUCAGCCUCGCAAGCAGCAGUACUGGGAUUCGCGUAUAUUCCUGCCUACUUACUUAUACAUCGCUUGGCAUCCAUCCGUCGGGGCGAUGUAGUGUUGGUUCAUUCAGCUGGCGGCGGUGUGGGCACUGCUAUUGGGCAACUUGCAAAGUGCACUUCUGAGGUUACUCUUAUUGGUAUCGCAUCCAAGGAGAAACAUGAAAAGCUGACCAGUUUGUACAACCAUCUUUUUACUCCGGAGCAAGAGUAUAUGUCGGAGAUUAAAAAGCUUUAUCCUCAAGGGAUUGAUGUCGUGCUGGACUGUCUGAGUGGGGAAGAGAUGAGCAAAUCGUACGGGAUUUUGAAGCCACUUGGAAGAUACAUAUUGUAUGGAAUGUCCAAUCUUGUGACGGGCGACCGGAAGAACUUUUUUAGUUUGGCUAAACAUUGGCUUCAAAGCGAUCGAAUCAAUCCUCUACGACUGUACGAUGAAAAUCACGUGAUCGGUGGCUUCUGCCUAAAAUCCAUGCUCUUUCCUCACACUUCUCCGGGGUCGGUUGUGCGCGCGACAGCUGAAGCAGCUACCAUUGUUCAGGAAGUUUGGUCCGAACUAUGCAAGCUGAUCGAUUCGAAGACGAUAGAUCCAUGGAUUGACAGUGAAUGGAGUUUCGACGAGACAAAGGAAGCCAUGAUGCGUUUACAGGAGAGAAAAAACAUUGGCAAGGUUGUUCUUCUUCCAAAGGCUUUGCCACGAAAGCCUGAGCAGGCCACAGUCAACCAGCAAACAGGCGAUUUAAACAAUUGA